GUCGCCUUGCGCAGUGAAAGCCUAACGGUAGCUGCGGUGUUGGGUGCUGCUCUGCUUAUGCAAUUCUAGCCAUGGCGAGUCGGCGACUGCCAGCCACCUGCGGGAGCCCUCGGUCCUUCUGACACGCCGUUCCCUUCGAGUGAUUCUUCUCGCUGGCGCCGGGAGACGCAAUUUCGAGAGCGACAAGGCUGGAGAGCAACACCGCCUCCUAACCAAUGCAACUAUGCGCUUCGUCUUCUUUACAGCGCUCCUGUUAGCCUUCUGUCCAAAUCAUGGAAAAGUCCGAUCAGCUGUCGUGCCAGGGUACCUGGACUUCGACAACUUGCCGGACACGAACUUCUCGUGCGACGGAAAGGUGAUCGGCGGCUACUACGCCGAUGUGGAGACGGGAUGCCAGAUGUUCCACGUGUGCACCAUCGGCCAAAAAGGAGAAAUAACCGACAUAAAGUUCCUGUGCCUCAACGGCACCGUAUUUGACCAGGAGACGAGGGUGUGCGAACGUGUAGACGAAGUGGACUGCAGCAAGACCGAGGGAUUCUACGACCUCAACCUCGAGCUGUACGGAAACAAUGCUGCUCUCAGCUACCACGAGACGGAGGAGGAUCCGGUGACGAUCCCCACGGUGAGCAGCACGCCCUCCACGACGACGACGACGACGACGACGACGACGACGGCGCCGACGACGGCGCAGCUGUCGUUGGGGCUGGGACUGGGGCGCACGCCCGCGUCCACACACUACUCGUCGACGCCGUCGCCGUCGGUGGCUGCGGCGCUGCUCAGCCUGCACUCCGCCCUCAGCAGGGACCGACAUCCCCACCCACACCUCACCGUCCAGGGCGGAGGAAGCAGCGGCGUGCUGAACCCAGCGGACGCCUUCCAGCCGCUGAAGACGUCGGCGGAGCCGCAGCAGUUCGUGUUCUCGUCGACGAGCCCGGCCAGCCUGCCGGUGUCGGCGCACACGACGAGCGCCCCGCCGGGGGGCGAGCCUCCGCAGCUGCUCGUGGGGCACUACCAGCCCGCGCAUCACAUCUUCACCACGCCCUCCGUGGCCAUCGUGUCCUCCACCAGGAGCGUGUCCAGCGUGAAGGGCGUCGUCGGCAAGCUGGCGCCCGCCGCCGUUGCCGAAGGACACUCUCGGGUGCCGAUCAAUAAUUUCGCCUUCGGGAUCAACGCGGGGCUAAACCCCCCGCAGUUCUCCGCAGGCAACGCCACUGCCCCGGGCCGGCAGCUGCCGGAACUCGACCCGUACGGCGCGUACCACGAAGCGGACGAUGAGUCCCUCGACUCGUUCUUCAGGGACGUUCCGCGCAUCGCGAAGCAACCCAAACAGGUGCAGAGGCAGAAACGCGCCACCGGCAGAGGGGGCAGAGGUCGCUUCAGGCCGUCGCUGGACGCCCUGAAGGAAGAAUCCGGAGAGGAGGGGCCCAGCCCCGAGGGUUCUGAGGUGUUCCCGCAGGAGGCGGCUGCUCCCCGAGCGGACGUCUACUUUCAGAAGAGGCCCAAAGCGCGCGGCCGACCCGACGAGCGCCGCAGGAGGCCCCAGGAAGACGCACUGCCCACCGCGGAGGCCUUCUUCAGGAGCACCAGGAUCGGCCAGCUGCAACAGGCGGCGACGCUGGCGCCAACGCGAGCUUACGCCGGGCCUCUGGUUACGGAACAGCCGAACGAAGUUCAGACGACUACACCAGCGACAGAGACGACGAUGAAACCCCGCGCGGCCACGCAGCAGCUACCGUACGGCCGGGCGAACGAAGUGGACGGGGGUGUCGGUGGACGGCGGACUGCGGCGGGCAGCCGCGGCUACCCCGGCAGCCGCAGGGCGGGCCCCAGCCCCAGCCCCUCCCCCAGGGCGGGCCCCAGCCCCAGCCCCUCCCCCAGGGCGGGCCCCAGCCCCAGCCCCUCCCCCAGGGCGCCGGCGUGCAGGCGCGGGGCCGCGUGCGCCGACCAGCGCUCGCCCUACCAGGCGGUGCUCGCCGAGGUCUCCCGCGGGCGGCCGGCCGCAGCCAGGCAGCCGGAAGCGCUCGCGACACAGACGUCGCCCGCUCCCGAGCCGGCGGCGGCGACAGCCACGGCGAGGAGCGAGCUCCAGACCACGGUGGACGCGGACGUGAGCACGGCGCCGCCAGACAGCUACGACUCGGCCAGUCCGUACAGUGCGGACUCUCGCAGGCCGUCGGGCAGAGGUCAGUCGCAGCCAGACAGCUACGACUCGGCCGGCCCGUACGGUGCCGACUCUCGCAGGUCGUCGGGCAGAGGUCAGUCGCAGCCAGACAGCUACGAGUCGGCCGGCUCGUACAGUGCCGACUCUCGCAGGCCGUCGGGCAGAGGUCAGUCGCAGCCAGACAGCUACGAGUCGGCCGGCCCGUACGGUGCAGACUCUCGCAGGUCGUCGGGCAGAAGCCAAGCUCCGCCGGAGACUUACGACUCUGCCAGCCUGUACAGUGCGGACUCUCGCAGGCCGUCGGGCAGAAGCCUAGCUCCGCCGGAGACCUACGACUCGGCCAGCCUGUACAGUGCGGACUCUCGCAGGCCGUCGGGCAGAGGUCAGUCGCAGCCAGACAGCUACGACUCGGCCGGCCCGUACAGCGGAGACCCUCGCAGACCUGCCGCCAGAGUCCAGCAGCCGACGCCCGCCAGCAGGCAGAGGUCGAGGAGCCGGUCGCAGCAGGUCGAGCCGGCACAGAGGCGCACUCCCCCCGCGUCGUCCGUCCUACGACUCCAGGACGUCUUACGAGUCGGAGACGUCUUACGAGCAGGCGACUACCGUGCAGCAGCCGCAGCCGCCGACAGCAUUGCCCGAGACGAGCUCAGCUGCGCAGACAAGGUUCCCGGAGGCUAUUACGCGGACGUCGAGGCGGACUGUCAGCUGUUCCACAUCUGCUCGCAGGGCAGGCACGGGAAGAUCACUGAUAACAAGUUUAUGUGUGGUCCCGGCACGAGGUUCAAUCAGCAGAGUCGUACUUGUCAAGCACGUGAAUUUGUGGACUGCAGCAUUUCCACGUCAUUAUACCACCUCAACAACCAUUUCCAGCCCGUGCAACAAGAAGAUAUGAAUGAUGAACCUGGAUUUGAGCCCCUUAAAGUACGCCGUUCAAAGAGACAAGCCGAAGGUGCUGCAAGAAGUCCAGACUAUAUGGUAGAUAGCUUGCCAGAAACGUCAUUUACUUGUGAAGACAAGCCCUCAGAAGGCCUUUAUGCAGAUGUGGAAACACAAUGCCAGGGGUUUCAUCUCUGUCAGAAGGUGAAAGGUGUCAUGACCCUAGUAUCCACAUUUGUAUGCCCACACAAAACAGUUUUCAAUCAGCGUGAGGGAAACUGUGACAACUGGGCAGAUGUUGACUGCAGACUUUACUCACAACCUGAGCACAGCUUUAUCAGGAAACAAAAUAGGAAGCACACACAUAACAAAAGGGAUACAAGCCAAAUAUUGAAAGCACUAGACUUAUUCACUUAUUCCAGUGGUGAGUCUGACAAUUUAAAGCAAAAUAUUUCAUCAAAAAUUCACAGUUUUAGUUCCAGAAGUAAGAAUAAUGCAACAAGUACACCAAUAGCUGCAGGUUCCUUGCUCAGAUACAGUAAGCCAUCAAAAACAUCAAGCAGUGAGAAUAAGUUUGAGCAACGUAACAGAAGAAAAUGGAUGAAAAUGGACCUGAAACUAGAUUUUCCACCAACCACACCUUCAUUUCACAAAAGAAUAAAACAUGAAGUUACUGAUGAAAGCAAUGAAACUGAGGAAGAAUAUUAUGACUAUAUAGAUGACAGUUAUGAAGCUGACCUUGUACUUCCUGAAGAGGAAAAUUCAAAUUUGACAGCAUACAAAGACUCCAGUAAGUUUGAACCUGAUUACAGUACACAUUUACAUUCUAAUAAUGAAAGUAUUGACACAGUAACAACAGAUUUGGCCCAUGCUUCUUCAGAUGAGCUUCUAAUAGCAGAUAGCAAUAAAAGUGAUACAGAUUCUAAGGGGACCAUAACUACCUUGCCUUCCGUUAGCAGGUCCAGUAAUAGUCAAGAAAAUGUGAAAAUUUGUGCAGAAAAUGAUACAUGUGACUAUAAAGAUGAGUUGGAACACAUAACAAACAAGGAGGGAACAGUUGCCAGUUCUAAUCAUACUCACAAUACAGAAACCUCACUACAUUCAGCAGAAGAGCAAUUGGCCCAUUUCCCCAGUAAAAAUAAUAAAACAUCGGCACCCUAUAAUGACGAAUAUGAAUAUUAUGAUUACUACAUAGAAGACAUUGAAGACGAAUCAGAUGAAAUAAUUAAUUACCCUAUUGAACAAACAACAGUUUCUGGUCUGGCUCAUGAUAGUAAAUCUUCCCCUGACGUUAAUAUUUCCAUUCCACACUCACUUACAUCUACUGAAAAAUCAAACUCCUCUACAACUGAAUUGACAGUAUCUUAUACAAAGUUACCUAGCACAGAUACAAACGCAAGUGAUGCUGAGGAUAAAUAUAACUUACCAGCAGUAGAAAUUGAAGAGGAACUUGAAAUUACCCAAAAUAAACACUUGGAAAGCAGUUUCCAGAAAGCCACAAGUGAACAUGAUGGUGAGAAUAGCAAACAUAAGAAAUCUGAGAGUAUCCCUGUGACUGAAAGUCCAGAAAUAUCUCUAGAGGAACCUAUUUCACUUGUGGAUGAGAAGUAUGAUUAUUAUGAUUCUGAUUCAAAUGAUGAUGAUGCUCAGCUUAAUGUGACGUACAAGGAAGUUUUGAAUAUGAAUUUUGGUUCCACUGAAAGGUCACAAAAAGAUAUAAGUGAUGCAAAGAAAGAAAAUGUCAUGCAUCAGCACAGCACAGAAGCCAUUAAUGAAACAAGCUCUUAUGAAGAUGUAAAAGACGUUACAGAAACUCAGGUUCCAGAUAUUGAGCAUCUUAAACUUCCUGAAGUUACAAAUUUUCACGAAGAGAGGACAGACCAUUCCACCACCCUACCACCACUACUGGAUCAUGGUCACAAAAUGGAUAUGGACUUGUUUUCUGGGCCAAAUGUCUUACUAGAAAAUGGCUUGCCUGUGGUUCUUAACACAACUCUGGAUGUUCAAAACACUGGAAAUUUAGUUUCAGAAAAUGUUGCACAAUUUAAUGCAAGUAGUCUUCCACAAUAUACUGAAAAACACAUAAAAGAAUCUGAUGAAAAUAAUAACCAGUUUCAAAAUCCAUUACAAAAUGAUGGUAAGGAAGCCAAAAGAAACAGUUCAUCUGAAAAUACAACGCUUCGUACUACAACUUCACAAGGUACUUCUACUCUUCAAAUUCCUAACCUUUUUCACCCACCCAAGCCACACCUAGCCUAUCAUGGAAGACACUCAACUCCUCUGCUUCCCCCAGUAGUCAUUCGAUCAAAAGAUGGUGCCAAUCACAAAUCUAGAGUUAGGAACAACAGACAUAAAAUGAAGAAAACACAAAAUGAUGAGAUACAUACAACUGAGACUUUCAUAAAAAGUGAAAAUGACCCUAUUAUAUCAGUAUCUGAUAAUUACUUUUCAACAGAUAAGGAACUUAUCCCAAAUAAAGAUGAGAUAACAUCAACAGACUCAACAAAGAACACAGGAAAUAUGUUAAGAAUUUUAGGUACAGUGAAUGAAUUCAAAGUGGAACAAAAGACAGAGCCAAUUUUUCAGCAAGAUAGUUCCACACAUCCUGAAGAAUCCAUUACAGUGGUGCCAUCUACAGAAAUUGCUCUUGGGCAGGCUGUAUUAGAAAAUGACUUCAGCGUAAAGACUGAUGGCUUAGAUAGCUGCAAAGGAAAUGCUGGCUGUUUACAUGUGCAAAGUCAGUAUACAACCUUGUCUCCUCUCAGUUACAAGUUUCAUAAUAAACAUACUGAUCACUUAUCACAUGUAUCUCAAACUGCUGGAUUUCUAUCUGAACACACUGAGAAGAACCUACAACAGCCAAACUCCCUUGAACAAAGUACUUUCCAAAAAUUUAAGGGUAGUGAAGGGAAAACAAAGUCAGAUGAACAAGUAUUAGGGACUGACAUUCCACCAACAUCAUCAGGAAAUACUGUGGAUUAUGUAACAAUAACACCCAAGGUACAGUCAUUGAAAGAUGCAUCUGAAACAGUUACUACUGAAUCUCUGUUUCCCACAUACACACUAUCUGCUAUUAAUGCCCAAACUAAUCAAAAAUCAAAUCAUGACAGUUCAAGGUUUGUGUGCUCCAGCAAAGAACUUUAUCGCUACUAUCCAGACCCAUUAGACUGUCGUAUCUUCCACUAUUGUUCUCAUGGUUUCCAUAACCAACAAGUACUAGAUUUCAGGUUCAUGUGUGAAAAUGGUACAGCCUUCAGUACAGACACUCAAAAAUGUGAAAAUGAAGAGGAAGUACAAAGCUGUUCCAUGACUAAAAAAUAAUGUGGCCAUUUACAGCUUACAGUCCUGUUGAAAUACAAAAUAAACAAUGAAACUGAAGCUGAUUAUUAUAAUUGGCUUAUUGUUGUGCUGAUCUGAACUGUGUUCACAGCUACAAUGGACAUUAAUUCAAAGUUGAAUUAGUGUUGCUUUGAUGACUGAAGUAAUAUAUUCUUCUAAACUUAUAUUGUACAUUAUAAGUAAUAGAGUUAAACCUUUUCUGGAAAACAGCAUAGGAUAUUUCAUGACAGCAGCAACAAUACCUUGUAUAUUGUGCUGAAAUGAAUUUAUCAAAUAACUUCAUUAUUGAAGUUUUGUCUAUGUGCUUUUCCGUAAAGGUUUUACUGUGUUACUAAUCAUUAAGCUUUUGUUUAUAUUUGUAGUAAAUAUUCAUUAAAUACUGUGAAAAUGUGAAUAGUGUUUCUUGCAAAUGUCUGAACAAUUCUAAUGGAUUUUUAUAGGCCCUGACAGUUAUGUAAAUGUUUGAAAUUUAAAUGAAACAGGUUUUCUUUCCUAAUGCUGUAUUUAAAAGAAAAAUUAAUUUCAUUAUAAAAUUGUGUAUUAUAUGUUGAAAGAUUU